AGACGGAUGGAGAAACAAUAUUUUACGAAUUCUUGGAUGAAUGCCUCCAUGGUGCUAUAUGGGAAUAUAUUUCCCAGCAUGCCAAAGAUCUUUCCAGAGAAAUGUAUUGUGCACUUAUUUCAAGCAAUCCUGGAAAAUACGUUUUGGAUAAUGAAACAACAGAAGUGUUAAGAAAAAAAUUGCUGAAGAAAAAUAAUGACCCUAACUGGACUGAGAUCUGUAAUCCAGUGGACAAUAUUUCAGUAGAUGUACUAACCUGCCAUGCAUACAAACUCACAAAAGCGAGAUAUACUUUGACGAAUAAAAUUCUGACAGAGUUUCACAAAGACGUUGUUAUUAAUUCAGUUUCUCAAAAAUUGCUAGACAUCUACUCAAAUGAUAUGGAGAAGAAAUUAAAGAAGCAAGAUUACAAAGAACUGAAACAAAAUCCACCACGAAUUGGCUUUUAAUCAAACGAAAAAUCUAAAACAAUAUUUAUUUUGUAAUACCUAACAAAAUGUUGUGCAAAUCAAUAACAUGAAACCUUAAGUUUUUAUAAAUUAUUCAACAAACUUAAA